CGUUGCGACAGAUGUCCUGAACAAUACUCUAGCAGAUUAUACAGAAGUUCAUAUUGACAACACUGGUCCAAGAGUUGCUUCUGAACAAAUACAGUUAAAUGUCGAUAGUGGAAUGUUUACAUAUAAUUCAAGAAUUAAAUUCGUAGCAUCAGAUGACGGAAGUGGAGUUCAUAAGCUUGCAUUUAAACUUUUCUCAGAGGAUGGGCAGGAACUUUACAAAGAGGACAGUGUUAUGGCAAAUAGAAACAAUGCUACUGAUGCUUGUGACGUUGAUCCAUCGUGUAACUGUGUUCUAAACACAUGCUUUCUUCGAGAACAGACGAUUUAUAUUGACAACUGCUGGUUUCUUUUACCACAAGAAGAACUGAACAAGUCAGCAACAGUUGUUGUCAACGUCUUUAAUCAAGCACUAUUGAGCAAGGAACUCGUUUUUAAUAUUUCAAAAUUGUCAGCCUUACGUGGACUUGAAGAAUAUUCUGGUCCGACAAAUAUACGUGUGGAGAAAAAUCAAGCGACUGGUGUCCGAUUGGUUUGGGAUCUACCUGAAAAGGCAUCUUGCUACGGUCGAGCCGAUAUAAAGGUGAUACUUGUCUCACCAGAUGGAUCUUCACGCACCGUUGACGUCUACAAUGAAGGAACCUUCGUUGAAUUAGUUGGUCUUAGCCCCGAGAAUACCUAUAGUGUCUCUUUAAAACUUGGUUACAGGGGGAAUGAACUUGCUGAGAUACCGUUUUCUUUCAAAACAGCACCAAAAGAAAACUUCCUGGAGACGGGCGCAUUAGUUGGAAUAAUUGUGGGUGUUGUGGUCUUUAUUGCAAUAAUUGCCGUUAUUUUUGUUGUCCUCUUGAGACGCGGUCACAUGCAACCAAUCCGACGAGGGCUUACUGCUGUGUCAGUAAAAUAUCGUAAAUCAAUAUCCGGAAUAAGGGAAGGACAUCGACAUGGUGCGCACAACAAGACAUAUGAUGCUGAUUCCUUGUACAUGUACGGAGAAAUGGAUUUUACGGAUAUAGAGAACUGGGAGUUCAAAAGAGCCGACGUUAUAUUUGAAUCGUUGAUCACUUCAGGACAUUUUGCCGAUAUAUAUUUAGCUACAAAUCAGAAAACAGGAUCAACUGUUGUGGCUAAAACUCUGAAAAAAGGAUGUUCUCCACAAGAUGCGUUACUGAUGAAAGCUAAGAUUAACUUUAGCCGUACACAAGUUGGACAUCAUUUGAAUGUACUGAAUUUUGAAGGCGCCGUAGUAUCAGAUUCUGAAAUUGGACAAUUUCUGCUUUACGAGUUUUGUUCAAAUGGUCAGCUGAGUGAUUACCUAGCUACGAUGAUAAAUCAAAUUACUGUGGAAACCCACGAAAAACUCCUACGAUUUAGCCUUGGAAUAGUCAAAGGAAUGGAGUACCUAGCUCAACGGAAGAUUGUCCAUCGUCGAUUGGCGGCUCGCAACAUCCUUCUUGACGAGGAUUUAGAGGUUAAAAUAGCCGGGUUUGGACCUCAGCCACAAAUGGAAGAUGCUGACGGAAACAGAGGCAAGAAGGAACGCAUUCCUAUUAAAUGGAUGGCACCUGAAUGUUUGAAAAGUACUGCUGAUGCUACUGAAAAGAGUGACGUGUGGUCUUUUGCUGUAGUACUGUGGGAAAUCUUUUCUCUUGGUGAAAAACCAUACGAGAAAUUCAGUGGGAGGGAUAUCCCAGGAAAGUUGAAAGAGGGCUACAGGCUACCCAAACCAGAGCAAUGCGAAGAUAAAUGGUAUAAUAUGAUGAAACGGGCAUGGUCGGUAUCACCAAAAGAUAGGCCGACAUUCACUGACAUGAAGCACGAUAUUGAAGGCGAAUUUACCCAGGCGACCACGGCUGACUACUAUUAUUCAAAUCAAUAAGAGCUGUGAUUAUAUCAUCAAAUCACGUCAUUUCGUGUAUUCAAAUGAAGAAAUGAUAAACAUUUAAACUAUACAUUUAUUUUACUUAACCUAUACAUGCUGAUUUUAGAAGCCAAAAAUUCCAUUCACAAAAUCAUAUGAAUCUCAAUCACAAUGUUACCAUGGCGGAUAUAACAUAUUCUACGAUACUGAAAAAAUGUUUGAUUUACAAUUUACAAAAUAAGGAAAAAACAAGCAAUAUAUAGCAAUGAUUUUAGAAGUACUGUAAUAUAUACUACUUUGACUUUAAUGAAUAGUUUGACAUUUAUAUUAUUAUAUUUGUAUCAAUCAACCUGUAUCUUUUCUUAUGCAGCUAUAUGGAUUGCUUAAUGCUUUAAAUAUAAAUUUGAUUUAAUGUACUUAUCCAAGAGUGUGAUUCUUAGUUUAAUCUUAGUGUAAUUAAUAACUAAUCAAGUGUGCCGAAUGUUUAAUUGAUAAGCUGUGUGUUGAAUGUCGUUUAAAAACGUUAAUCCGUUAAACACACUUUGUGUUUAUGAUUCCCUCAGUGUCUAUAAAAUAAUAUUAAUAUCAAACAAUAUGUUACAAAUCUGUGAGUGCGAUCAAUUUCAGUACUCUUUUAAUGAUAUUGUUUCUGCCCGCCAAUAAUGAGAAACAUCAGCGGUGGCUUUAUCUGAUUUCAAACAGUAAAAUAUCAUUGGCUGUUCGUAUUAAUAUUUUUAUGUAAAAUAAUUGGUUAUUCUGUGCGUGCGUGUGUGCGCACUUGUGUGAAAUUUAAGUUAAAUUGUAUGUGUAAUUUGAUUUUAUUUUUUUUGAGUACUUUUUAAGAAAAUGUUUGAAUGAUUCUGUUAUAUAAAUAUUUCAUACAUUCAGAUUCAACGCGAAAUAAUUCAAAAAUAAAUGGUGUGUGCCUGGUUUAUUCCAGUUUGUUUUAUAUGAAAAGUAUCUGAAGUAUUCCAUUAUUUGUCAAAGUUCUUUUAAGCGAUUAUAAUAUCGCUAUCCAUCUGAGAAUUAACUUUGGUCAUCUUUGUGUUUUUAAAAAGAAGGCGUGCCGUAAUGCAUUAGAACGGAUGAUGCAUCUCUUUAAUAAAAUUAAACGUUUAAGAAAUCAAACGUAUGACUGUAAAUAAAACAUUCUAACACGACCCGCCUUUUUCCCUAUUGAACAAAGGACCGAAAGUUUGUAUUAUUUUGCAAUAAAAUCACAAUUUUACGUUCUAUAUUUAGACAUGUGACAUAACCAUUAUACAUGUGAUGUAACCACCAAAAAUGUGACUUGCUGUAAAUAAGAAUGGAUACAAAUCAGGUGCAAUUUAGCUUCAUAUCAGUUAUGGUGAUGUCGUGCUAGAAUCGCCUAUAAAAUCCCUUUUUAUUCGUUUAGAUGCGCAUCAUUAUGUAUAACAAGGGCAUAGCUCCCAACAGAUAAAAUCACUGUUUGGGAUAUAUUAUUUCUUAAAGGCCCAUUAUGCCUUAGGAAUGCAAUAAUUUUUAUUUCUCAAAAACUUUCUAUCUUUGGUAUUUUGUCAUAGUUUCCAAAACAGAACUCAUUUGCCAUUACAUGAACAAUAUUUUGUUUAUUUUGCUCUGUUUGCAAAUGGUAUAUUUAGUAAAUUAUUAUUUUGUAAGGAAGUCAAAAUAUUACUUUUUUUUUCAUUUUGCUACCUUUAUGACACAUUACUGCAUGUCCAGCGCUACUUUUUCAUUUGUUUAAUAUCUAACAUGCUCUUAAUCCUUUAUUAAAACAUUAUCAAACACAUGUUUGGCAUUUCUAAAGAAUUAAAAAAAAAUAUGGAUUUCCAAGGUAUAAUGUGUCUUUAAGUAUUUUUUGCAGAUCAGACUGGAUUAUCUACCGUUUUCAUCGGUGCUAGAAAACCCUGUCUUACACCCCCAUGUAAGACACGUCGCGUGCUUUAAAUGACAUCAUUGCCGCACGCCUUUAAUUAUAUGCCCGAAAGAAUUUCAGGCAUAUUAUGUUAUACCCCCUGGCGUCCUUCUGUCUGUCCGUCCGUUAGCAAUUUGGUUUCCGGAGCAUAAUUUAAGUUCCAGUUGGUCAACAACAUUCAAACUUCAUAGGAUGAUUGUCCAUACUGGGUAGAAGACCCCUAUUGACAUUAGGGUCACAAGGUCAAAGGUCAAGGUUACUAUUACCUUAAAACUGAAAAACUGUUUUCUGAGCAUAACUUAAGUUACAUUUUGCCCACAAUAUUCAAACUUCAUAGGAUGAUUGUCCAUGUUGGGUAAAAGACCUCUUUUUGUUUUGGGGUCACAAGGUCAAAGGUCAAUGUCACUAUAUCCUUAAAACUGAAAACAGUUUCCGGAGCAUAACUUAAGUUCCAUUUGGCCACAAUAUCCAAACUUCAUAGAAUGAUUGUCCAUGUUGGGUAGAAGACCCCAAUUUAUUUUAGGGUUGUAAGGUAAAAGGUCAGGUUCACAAUGAUCUUUACACUAAAAAUUGUGAUUUCUGGAGAAUAACUUAAGUUCCAUUUGGCCCACAGUGUUCAAAUUUCAUAGGAUGAUUGUCAAUUGAGUAGAAGACUCCUAUUAAUUUUUGGGCCACAAGGUCAAGGUCUUUUUUCGUCAAUCCGUCGUAGCAUUUUUACUUACAAGAUAACAACUUGAUGGUGGUGCUUUUGAAACAGCAACUGUAUAUAUAUGAAGGUUCUUCAGCUAUAAAAGAGGACGAUUUUUGAAGGAGCUAAUACUUUAUUUAAUUCCCAUGUCUUACAAAUGCUUCAUCCUUAACAAAAAUACCAACUAACACUUUCGGGCAUAUAAUGCUCCGCCUAGCGAUGCUCUUGUGAAGUAAUUGCGGUCUUAGGAUGACCUCACUUAAAAUUGUAACUUCAUAGCUACUAUAAAAAUGUGCGUAAUGAGAAUAUCAGUUUUCGUAGUUUCUGUUCUGAAAAUAAGUGAUAUGUAAUAUGCAAGAAAAAGAAUCAAAUACUGGCUGUCAGCGCAGACGGAAAUAUCUAGCUCUCGGGUAACGGUCUAGCGGAAAUUCGGCAGUCUCGUUACCCCCGUAAAAAGUCACCCUCGAGGUAGAUAUUCCGGUCUGUACCGGCAGCCGGUGUAAGAUUCAUAUAGUCUAUAACAUGUGUGAUUUUACGUUAACAUUUAUUUUAUUCAUUGUUUUGUGUUGAAGUCUUAUUUUUGCAUUGAUUCUUUUUCUGCUUUAUUUUUGCAAUGAAUGCUAAUCAUGUUCCUCAUUCAUGAUUUACAUCAAAAUUUGACUUUUUGAGUGGAUGUUUGAUAAAAAGAAACUACUAUUUGAAAUUUGCGUUCAUGUACAGAAAGAAAGAAAAGGGAUCAAAUACUCAAAUUCCAAAUUCCAACUAUCUUUUUUCAUAUUUUUCACAUUUUAGCUCUGUUCAAAGAUCGCGUUUCACGACCGCCUUUAAAUUUUUGUUUUCAAUUUGUUUAUUUUUUGUAAUUAUAAUAUUUAAAAAAAAAAUAACAAUGUUAUUUCUUAGGGAAUAUAGUGUUUUUCUUCUCUCUUAAAGCAGCGAGAAUAGUUCAUUGUUUACGCUGUAAUUGAUCAAAGUAAAUGUCGGUUAACAUACAAACGACGUUUGGUUAUAUGUAGUCGCUUAUAUUUAGAUAAGUAUGUAUGUAGAUGGAUCUAGGAAUAAACGAGCUUUCUUAUA